UCCUUCCUCCCCAACACCAAAAGAAAGAUAUUAUUCCAUCUCUCCAUUCUAAAACAAUAAUAAUAAUAAAGUUGACACUCUUCCACCUGCAUGUGGCUUUCAUCUUUCUCAGACAACCCAUGAGCUUCACUUCCUCUUCAAUUUUCAAUUCAAUUCUUUAACUUUUUCACUUCUUUUUUGCAAACCCAUCUGCACUUCUUUUAUCUCCAAAUACCCAAUUGAAAUUUCAGUUAAUUCAGUCUCCACAAACCUCAACAUGCCUCUUGAAACAUGGCUGUUCAAAGUCAAGAAAACCAUCUCACAACGCCUUGAUUCAAGCCGUGUGGUUAAGAGAUCAAAGGUGGGUGUGUUGGCGUUCGAAGUGGCCGGCAUCAUGCCGAAGAUAACCCACAUGUGGCGGUUUUUUUCGGAUGAGAAUAUCGAUUGUGUUCGCGAACAAUGGACAUGCCUAGAAGGUGUUCGGAAAAUUGUCUCAAACAAAGAGCAGAUUCUUCUUGGUCUCGCGUGUGCGGAGAUGGUGGAGAAUGUUAAAGGUGUGGCUAUGGUUGUGUCCAGGAUGAGUGAGAGGUGUGAGGACUCGAGUUUACGGUGUUUUGAACAUGUGUUUGAUGUGUUUGCGAAUACGGGUCAUGACCCGUAUGGGUGGGUUUUGAGCAUGAAGGAUAUGGAGGUUAAGGUUAAGAAGAUGGAAAGAUAUGUUGCAACCACUGCUACACUUUAUAAAGCUAUGGAUGAGUUGACUGUGGUUGAGAAUAGUUUAAAGAAAUGUUUACAUAGCAAUAGUAGAAAGGAUCAUCAAGAGGUUGUGAACAAUACAAAGCAACAAAAGAUUCUUGAUCUCCAACAAAAGCUUGUUUGGCAAAGGCAAGAAGUUAAGUAUGUGAAAGAGAAAUCUUUAUGGAAUGCGAGUUUUGAUUCGAUAACUUUGUUGUUAGCCACAUCAUUGUUCACAAUUUUGUCAAGAAUUAAGGUCGUUUUUGGUAUCGCGCAUGGGUAUCCCAACGCUCUCCCUCGCAGCCUCUCGGCCUCGGCUACUGUCUACCCGUCGGAUCAAGCCUCAAAAGAUUGGAACUUGGUAUCUGGGCCGUUGAUUAAAAGCGCGAAACAUCAAGAAAACAUUGAAAUCUCACAUGGGUUUUUCGAAACAAACUCAAAGAUUCUAACACCAGCAUCAAACACUUUAGGUUAUGCUGCUUUAUCUUUGCAUUAUGCUAAUUUGAUCAUUGUGAUGGAGAAGAUGAUAAGAUCACCUCAACUGGUUGGUCUUGAUGCAAGAGAUGAUCUUUAUUCCAUGUUGCCUAAUAGCAUAAGAUCUUCGCUAAGGAGUCGAUUAAAAGGUAUUGGGUUCAGCGCGAGUGAUCCGGUUCUUGCAGGAGAAUGGAGAGAAGCUUUAGGGAAGAUAUUGGGUUGGUUGUCACCAUUAGGACAUAACAUGAUCAAAUGGCAAAAUGAAAGAAGCUUUGAACAUCAAGAUCUCAUGCCAAAAACAAAUGUUCUUCUUUUACAAACCCUAUUUUUCGCCAACCAAGAGAAAACCGAGGCUGCCAUUACUGAGCUCUUAGUUGGCUUAAAUUAUAUUUGGAGGUUUGAAAGAGAGAUGAAUGGUAAAGCUUUGUUUAAUUGCAUCAUACCAUCUAAGUAAACAACUUUUACACCUUUCUUGUUCCCUUCAUAGAUAGUUUUAUUCUCUAGAUUAGUUGAAAUCAGCUAAUUCAGAUUUGCAAAGAUUUGUAUUAGUUCCCCAAAAUGAUCUGUAAAGUUUAUUUGUUGUAUAGAUAUAUGAUUGUAUGCAUCCAUAUAAAUGUAAUCUUGUGAAUGGAGGAAUUGUUGAAGCCA